CUAAGCAAAAAUAAAAAAUCAAGCAUUUUUCAUUUUUCAUUAAACGUGUCAAGUCAAAAUAAGAAGAAACAUAUGUGGGAGAGAAGAGUAUAUGUGUGCAAUGAUUCAAUGAAAGUAGAAAGGCCCAAUAAGAAUCAACCUGACAUUCCCAUCACCACCAAGAACCAAGUAAGCAAAAAAGUGGGAAUGUCUCUUACCUUUAUCCUCUUCCUCUUAAGCUUGGCAAUGGCUGCAGCCAUGGAGCUCCGACCAGGCUACUACUCCAAGACAUGCCCAAAAGCAGAGAAUAUUGUCAGGAAUGUUAUAGCCAAGAAUAUGGCAAGAGAUUCCAGAAGCACUGCCUCAGUCAUGCGCCUGCAGUUCCACGAUUGCUUUGUUAAUGGGUGUGAUGCUUCUCUGUUGUUGGAUGACACUCCAAGCAUGCUUGGAGAAAAACUCUCGUUGUCCAAUAUAAACUCGCUAAGGUCGUACGAGGUUAUUGAUGAAGCUAAAGAAGAAGUUGAGAGAGUCUGUCCGGGAAUUGUUUCUUGUGCUGACAUCUUGAUCAUGGCUGCAAGAGAUGCUACUGUCCUGAGUGGAGGGCCAACGUGGGAUGUGAAGUUAGGAAGGCUAGACAGCUUAACAGCAAGCCAACAAGAUUCAGAUAGAAUCAUGCCAAGCCCAAGGGCAAACUCAUCUUACCUCAUUGAUCUCUUCAGCAGAUUCAAUCUCACUGUGAAAGAUCUAGUGGCACUUUCAGGUUCUCAUUCCAUUGGUAAGGGAAGAUGCUUCUCUAUAGUUUUCCGGCUAUACAACCAAUCAGGUUCCGGCAAGCCUGACCCAACCAUGGAACCAAAAUUUAGAGCCAAUUUACAUAAGCUAUGCCCACUUGGAGGUGAUGGGAACGUAACAGGAGACUUAGAUGCAACAGGAGUGAUAUUUGACAACCAAUAUUUUAAGGACUUGGUCCAUGGGAGAGGAUUUCUGAACUCAGACCAGACCCUCUUCACCUUCCCACAAACCAGGGGUUACGUGAGGCAAUUUAGUGAAGACCAAAAUGAGUUCUUCAAGGCAUUUGCUGAAGGGAUGAUAAAAAUGGGCGACCUGCAAUCAGGCCGUCCUGGAGAGAUCAGAAGAAACUGCAGGGUGGUAAAUAGCCAUCCGACGGUAAAAGUGUUUGAAUCAUCCUGAAACAAACUCUCCAUCAGCUCAGUUGCUAACUGAGUUGGAUAGUUAUCACUUAUCAGACGUAUCACCUAAAGACUCCAAAUAUCUUUGUAAUUAAGGUAUGGGCAAACCAGUACUAGUAGUUUCUACAGCUCCCUACUGUUACUUAUGACCAUAUCUUAUUUGGAUGUUUUU